CCACAAAAUAUUAAAAAUAAUUAUUCGAUAAAAUACAUUCAAACAUCUAAAUUAUUAUCAUAUUAUAAUCAUCAUAAUAAUCAUGAAGAAUCUUUAUCUCAUUUUAUUACUCGUUCUUGCCUCUGCAACCUACCUUUCUGCGAGACCUAAUCCAAGAAUCAUGAUCGGAGCAUUAACUAAAAGGCAAGAUGCUGCUGCCCCCGCCACUUGCAUAUGUCCUCCUACCAACGUACCAUGUGAUUCUCAAAACUUAUGCCCCGGCACUGCUUGUGAGGCUGCUGAUCCACCUUGCGGUACCGGUUGCUGUGAACAAGGCUUAACGUGCAGCUCGGAUGCAAAUGGGCCCAUUUGUAUGAAAAUGAUGUAAAAGAUGGUUAUGUAGUCAAGUCUACAGUAUUUAUAUAGUAUUUUAUUACUUUAUUUCUUAUUUUUAUCAUUAUGAAAACAUUAAAGAAAUUAUAGUAUUAUACUUAUUUUGAUUAAUGUAUUUAAAUUUUCGUAUACUUAUCUAAUCCAUAGAUGUAAUAUUAUUGAUACCAUUGUUAAACAAUAUUUUAUCACAAACCAAAUUAAAUAUAUUUGUUCGAUUUCUCAAAUUUACAUAUUGUAUAAUUGUAUUACAUCAAACUAAAUAAAAUUUAUUUAAAUUCUUCA